GAAGAGUUUGCCCGCCUCUCUGUGCACUGAUCUGAAGAGAGCCAAUCGGUCAGACGUUCACGGCCACAUUCUGUCACAUUAGUUCGGUUCAGUGGUGCUUGCCGAUUAAAUGUUUGCCGAUUUGUUUGAAAACAGUAUGCCGUUUUUUGUUUGUUUUUUUUUUUUAAUCUCAGUUCCAAGAACCCAGAAGAAGCCGAGCUAGAAGACACGCUCAACCAAGUGAUGGUGGUCUUCAAGUAUAUAGAGGAUAAAGACGUGUUUCAGAAAUUCUAUGCGAAGAUGCUGGCCAAGAGACUCGUGCAUCAGAACAGUGCCAGCGACGACGCCGAAGCAAGCAUGAUCUCGAAGUUAAAGCAAGCUUGUGGGUUUGAAUACACCUCUAAACUGCAGCGGAUGUUUCAAGACAUUGGCGUGAGCAAAGAUUUGAAUGAGCAGUUCAAAAAGCACCUGACGAAUUCAGAACCGCUGGACUUGGAUUUCAGUAUUCAAGUGCUGAGCUCCGGGUCGUGGCCCUUCCAGCAAUCUUGCACGUUUGCCUUGCCGUCGGAGUUGGAGCGUAGUUACCAGCGAUUCACGGCUUUUUACGCCAGCCGUCACAGCGGCAGGAAAUUGACUUGGUUGUAUCAACUGUCCAAAGGAGAACUGGUAACCAACUGCUUCAAAAAUAGAUACACUCUGCAGGCAUCCACCUUCCAGAUGGCGAUCCUGCUUCAGUACAACACGGAAGACGCUUACGCUGUGCAGCAGUUGACCGACAGCACUCAAAUCAAAAUGGACAUUUUGGCACAAGUCCUACAGAUUUUAUUGAAGUCGAAGUUACUGGUCCUGGAAGACGAAAAUGCCAAUGUUGAUGAGGUGGAAUUGAAGCCAGAUACCUUAAUAAAAUUAUAUCUCGGUUAUAAAAAUAAGAAGUUAAGGGUUAACAUCAACGUGCCGAUGAAAACCGAACAGAAGCAGGAACAAGAAACCACACACAAAAAUAUUGAGGAAGACCGCAAACUGCUGAUUCAGGCGGCCAUCGUGAGGAUCAUGAAGAUGAGGAAGGUCCUCAAGCACCAGCAGCUGCUUGGAGAAGUUCUCACUCAGCUGUCCUCGAGAUUCAAACCGCGGGUCCCAGUAAUUAAGAAAUGCAUUGACAUUCUGAUCGAGAAAGAAUAUUUGGAGCGAGUUGACGGUGAAAAGGACACCUACAGUUACUUGGCUUAACCCUUCUAGAAGGGUCUGACUGUGCGACCCACAGCAAAUAGUUCCUGGUGGAGAGAACAACUCAAGUUCAUAGCAGCCAGCCUGCCACCAUCUGGACCUCCCUUUUUAAAACUGAGACCGAGACUCCCCAGCAGCUGGUCUCAGGUGUACAUCAGAACUGCUCAGGAUUGAUACAUUUCAAGUCUGUAAAUAUGGACGCCAACGCCAUUUAACCUAAUUUAAGAACAGAGGGGCCUCGAGGCUCCCCUGCUGAGGGCUGCAUGCUACUGCAUUUAAAUCAAUCCAUCGGCUACGGGGUUAACUGCUGUCGUCCUUGGCAGCUUUACAGCGUUGGCAGCACUUUGAGAGCAAGGCUAAUGGACCCACGUGUAAUCUGCUAUGAAAAACCAUUUGUAUAGUGUGUUUCAUUUUUUAAUGUGUGAAAAUAAAGAAAAUUAAAGGAUUUCUGUACAA